AUGUCCAGCGCAGCGCAAUCCCAAACGACUGGCAGUGGCUCGGCCAUGCACAAGAUUGCACGCAAUGGCUUCGACUCUUCAGGUGGAUCCGGACUCUAUGACCGCGCACGACCCUCCUACCCUCUGGCAGCGAUCUCAACUAUCAUUGCCGAAGCGACCAACGCUGACUCUCCAGCACCGCUCCGCAUUGUCGAGCUGGGUGCUGGCACUGGUAUCGCAACACGCAUGCUGCUUGCAACCGCAACCUCGCCAUCUGCUGAUGGCACACCACCUCCCGGAGUCGAAUCUCUCACUGCCAUCGAGCCUUCUGCUGGUAUGCGCUCGCAUUUCGAGACUGCAAUCGCCUCUGCUACCAACUCGCUUAAGCAACAGAUGCAAGACAAAGGCCUUCUCUCACCCUCUGCUAGCAUCUCCGUCCAGGACGGCGCUUUCGAGUCUUUCGACGCUGGUGAGGCAAAUGACGCAGUAGUCGUCGCGCAAGCUUGGCAUUGGUGCCAAGACUGGAACGCUGCGCUGCAGCAGGUCGCUAAAGCUCUCCGACCCAACGGUAUCCUUGCUCUGGUUUGGAACUUGGAAGACAGGCAAGCAGCUCCAUGGGUCGCUCAGAUCCGCGACUUGUAUGAACAGUACGAAGACGGCACACCUCAAUACAGACACAUGUACUGGCAUGCCAUGUACAAGGCUCCCACCUGCACCAGCCAUUUCAAAGCAGACGAGCCAAGGCACUACCACCGCACCAUCCCAACUACCUUGCAGGCCGUUAUCGACCGUGUCCUGUCAAAGUCAUACAUCUCGGUCUUGCCUCAGGACAAGCAGGUCAAGUUGGUCAAAGAUAUCUCUGACUACCUCAACAACACUCCAGACGAACAGCUUGGAAGGAAGUGGAUUGACAAGGAGCAGGGUGUUUGGGAGUACCCCUACCGAACUGAUCUCUUCAUCUUCCGUCGCAAGUAG